UGCUGACUUUGACAGGUGUGAUUGGUUUAGUAUUUGUGAACUGCAGUGAAAUCCAACUAAAUCUAUGAAAAACAUUUAUUAUUUUUUAUUUUAAUAACGAAUUUAUUGAAGCAUUAUUACUAUAUAUUAAGUAGUAUUCGUAUUUUUGACUUAAAUAGUUAAUUUUCUUUUUCAGCUUAAGUGCUAAGGAUCGGCACCAACAUGCCUCGUGAAAUUAAGGACAUUAAGGACUUCCUGCUCAAAGCUCGCAGGAAAGACGCUAAAUCGGUCAAAAUAAAGAAAAACCCAGAAAAUGUUAAGUUCAAAGUCCGUUGCUCACGUUUCCUGUACACAUUGGUCAUCACUGACAAGGAAAAGGCUGAGAAGCUCAAGCAGAGCCUUCCACCAGGUCUUCAAGUGAAGGAAGUAAAGUGAUGUGACUAGGGUUAAGUAAAUAAAAAUUUAAACACUACAAA